AUGAUGCCCCCUAAGCCCACCGCUCACACGAGCGCAACUCUCGGGAUAUGGAGACGGCUACGAGACCUAAAGAGCAGGGAGGAACAAAUCGUCCUGGACGGUAACAACCUCGAUAUUGCCUCUAUCAUCGCUGUCGCCCGCCACGGUGUCAAACCCACAAUCAGCUCGGACGAAGAGCUUGCAAAGCAGCUGGAUCUCUCCGUAGAUACCCUCGCCGAGUAUCUUACUCACGACUGGGUCGUUUAUGGCGUCAACACUGGUUUCGGGGGCAGUGCCGACACCAGAACCAACCAGCACAUUGACCUGCAGACCCACCUGCUUCAAUUCAUCCAGAGUGGAAUUAUCACCGCCGCCGAUAAAGACCCCGCCAACAACUGGGAGCGCGAGCCCUCCCGUGUUAUGCCACCUUCCUGGAUUCGCGCCACUAUCGUCACACGCGCAAAUCAGAACCUCCGAGGCCACAGUGCCAUCCGCAAGUGUGUACUCGACAGCCUGCUUGACUUGCUCCACAAUGAUAUCAUCCCCAUGGUUCCCCUGAGGGGUACCAUCUCCGCUUCUGGAGAUCUCAUGCCCAUGUCCUACAUUGCUGGUGCAAUCACAGGAAACCCCGAUGUCUUUGUCCAGAUGGGCAAGGGCUCAAAGACCAAGGUCGUGCCUGCCUCGCAGGCAUUGCAGGAGAGCGGACUCUCCGCCUCCGGACUUGGCCCCAAGGAGGGUCUUGGUCUCAUUAACGGCACUGCUCCUUCCGUCGCCGUUGCCAGUAUGGUGCUUUAUGAUACCCAGCAGCUCGCAGUGCUGUCUCAAAUGUUGACCGCAUUUGCGUCUGAAUGUUUGGCAGGAAACGUGGAGUGGGCCCAGCCUUUCUGCCACGACACUCGCCCUCACCCUGGUCAGAGUGAGGUCGCAACUAAUAUCCGUCACUUCCUGAAGGGCUCCCAAUUUGUUGUUGGCUUGACCUCAAGGAAGAAGACUGGUGAAGGUCUGUGCCAGGACCGCUACUCCACCAGAACCGCCCCCCAAUGGGUCGGUCCUUACCUCGAGGAUCUCCUCCUCGCACAAGAACAGUUGGAAGUGGAGCUCAACUCCACAUCAGACAACCCCAUCGUGGACACCAGCAAGCUGGACGAUGAAGCCGAUGGAGCCGUCUACUCCGGCGGAAACUUCCAAGCCGCUUCCGUUACCUCCGCCAUGGACAAGGCCCGCAUGUCCAUUCAGAUGAUUGGCCGCAUGCUUUGGUCCCAGGUCACUGAGAUCAUCAACCCCGUCACUAAUAACGGCCUUGAGGCCAACCUUAAUGCCAGCGAUCGCGAGAACUACACCAUGAAGGGUAUCGAUAUCAACAUGUCGGCUUACAUGUCUGAGUUGGCUGCACUCGCUGCUCCCGUCUCUGCUCACGUCAUGUCCGCUGAGAUGCACAACCAGGGCAUCAACUCCCUGGCACUCAUUUCCGCCCGCCGCACUAUGGAGGCCGUUGACUUGCUUGCACACAUGAGUGCUUGCCACCUCUUCGUCUCCUGCCAGGCUGUCGACCUCCGCGCAAACCACAAGCGCUUCCUUUCUAAGCUCCGCGAGAUGGUUACCGACACUACGCCAAAGGGUGCCUUGAACGGACUCGGAUUAUCGACUUCACAGAUCGAGACACUCAGCGCCUCGCUCUUCCCCAUCAUUGAGGAUGCCUGGUACCAGGCCAACACCAACUGCUGGAAGGACCGUGUCACCUCCGUGGUCAAGUCUGUUACCACCCCCAUCACCGAGUUCCUCGUCACCAGUGAACACGAGUGCUCAGUCGCCGAUAUUAUUGCCUUCAAGAAGAGCUUCCAGAGCAUCGUCUCCGAGGCCGCUGAAGGCAUGUUCUACCCCGGCCCCGUCAUUCCUACUGAGGAGGUUGCCGCCCAACUUGGUCAAGGCUCUGCUCAGCUAUACAACUGGGUGCGCUCAACCCUCAACGUGCCUCUCCACCGCGGUCUCAAGGACGACCCCUUGUACAACGCCCAGAAGGGUCUCCCCACCGAAGGCAAGAAGUCUGUCGGAAGCUGGGUCAGCACUGUUUACGAGAGCUUGUUGAAGGGUGGAAUGAUGGAGAUGGUCAUGGAUGGCCUAGAUGGUUACACCGCCAACGGCGUCUCCAACGGUGUGCACAAGGCCAACGGCACCAACGGUGUUCACAGCACCAACGGCACCAACGGUGUUCACGGCACCAACGGCACCAACGGUGUUCACAACACCAACGGCACCAAUGGUGUUCACGGUGUCAAUGGUAUCAAUGGUGUCCACACCAACGGUACCAACGAUACCAAUGGUAUCAAGUGUUAA